AUGGCACAAGAGCAUUUUGAUAAAAAUAGAAAAGGGCCUCAAAGAGUGGCUUUAGAAAAACAAUUGAAAGUUAUUGAAAAGCAUUUGGACAAUAUGCUUCAACACUGGGGAGCUACUCUGGGGCUCGAAAAGAAAUCAAAAGAUAAGGAAAAAAAAGAAAAACCUGUUGUUCUUCGCAGAAGAAGAGAGAGAGUUAAAAGUGUCGCGAAUUGGCCUUUAUUUUAUUAUAAAUUUGGACAAGAUCAUGCGUUACCGUCCCUUAUAUGGAAUCAUAAGACUAGAGACGAACUGAAAGAUGCUUUAGAAACAGAAAUACGAAAUUUCAAUGCUGACCGGGAAUUAAGUGGAAAUGCGAUGGUAUCGUGGAAUCAUCACGAAUUUGAAGUAAAUUAUCCUUGCUUGGCAAACGAAGUAAAAGUUGGAGAAUAUUACCUGAGGAUAUUAUUGGAAUCCGACGAAAAAAAUCAAAAUCAAAUUUCUCAUUCAUACGAAUUCUUUAAUAUUCUUUAUCAUCGAUUUUUACUAACUUCAAAACCAGAAAUGAAAUCAAUGUGCCUACAAGCUAUGGCAAUCGUUUACAGUCGUCAUUUUAAAGAUAUUGGUUUAUUUAGCGAUACAAAAUAUAUUAUAGGAAUGUUGGAUAAGUGCACCGAUAAAAUGGAAAGGGAUAGAUUAAUUAUAUUUAUAGAAAAACUAUUGCUCGACAAGAGAAACAUAAAAGAUAUAAUGGAUGCCAAUGGUGUUAGAAUUUUAGUUGAUUUGUUAACUCUUGCUCAUUUACAUACUUCGCGUAGAGAUAACGAAAAAGAGUGGCAUUAUCAAUUAUCAGGAGAAACAAAAGGACCCAUAAGCUUUCAUGAGCUAAAAAAUCUCUGGGCCGCUGAUUCAUUGAACGCGAAAACUAAAUGUUGGGCUAUGGGUAUGGACGGAUGGAGGACCGUACAAAAUGUGUCUCAACUAAAAUGGGUUUUGCUUGCUAAGGGUACUUCUGUCUUAAAUGAAGGCGAUCUUGGUGCUACAAUUCUUAAUAUUUUAAUUAAAAUGUGCGAGCAUUAUCCCAGUAGAGAUAUCGAUGAUGCUAUUAUUCGUCCUCUACCAAGAGUAAAAAAAAUUCUUUCGGAUUCCACAUGUUUGUUACACAUUGUGCAGUUACUUUUAACUUUUGAUCCUGUGAUAGUAGAAAAAGUAGCUAUCCUAUUGUAUCUAGUCAUGAAAGACAAUUCUCAAAUUACAACAAUAUAUUUAACUGGAGUUUUUUAUUUUAUCCUAAUGUACAAUGGUUCUAAUGUUUUACCGAUAGCUAGAUUUCUAAAGCUCACGCAUAUGGUUCAAGCUGUAAAAAAUGAUGAUCCGUCUGCAUCAGAAAUUUUGCAACGCAGUAUUUUGGGACCUUUACUUCCGGAAGCUAUGUUGAGCUACUUAGAAAAUCACGGUCCAGAAAAAUUUGCCCAAAUUUUUUUGGGGGAAUUCGACACUCCUGAAGUUAUUUGGAAUAGAGAAAUGAGACAACUGCUGAUUCAAAAAUUAGCAAUGCACGUUGCUGAUUUUAGCCCUCGACUUAGAAGUAACACUCGGGCUCCUUAUCAAUAUUGUACCAUACCUGCUAUACGGUACCCUCAAUUAGAAAACGAAUUAUUUUGCAAUAUAUUUUAUUUACGUCAUUUAUGCGACAAUGUUAGGUUUCCCAACUGGCCUAUAAAAGAACCAGUAAAACUAUUAAAAGAUGUUCUAGACACUUGGAAAAAUGAAGUUGAAAAAAAACCCCCAGUCAUGUCACUCGAUGAUGCGUACGAGAUCUUAGGAUUAUCGAAGGGAAUAUGCCACGAGGAAUCUAAAGUCCGAAAAGCUUACUAUCGAUUAGCUCAAAUGUUUCACCCUGAUAAAAAUCCAGAAGGACGAAGUAAUUUUGAAAAGGUUACACAGGCCUACGAAUUUUUGUGCAGUAGAAGCUCUUGGUGCGGAGUAGGACCAAAUCCUGAUAAUAUUGUGUUAGUUCUUAAAACUCAAACUAUACUAUUCGAUAGAUAUUCAGCAGAGCUCGAGCCAUAUAAAUACGCUGGAUAUCCUCAGUUGAUUAAAACAAUACAAUUGGAAACUUCAGAUGAUAAUUUGUUUUCAAAGUCGUCACCCUUACUUUCCGCGGCAAGCGAAUUAGCCUAUCAUACGGUCCGAUGUUCAUCUCUUAACGCUGAAGAAUUAAGACGAGAACGGGGUCUCGAUGUUCUCUUAGAUGCUUAUUCUAGAUGCGUAUCCGUUUUAAGUAAAUCGUCAAAGCCGAAUGAAGUUGCAGUUCAAGUAUGUACUCAUAUAACUCGAUGCUACAGCGUUGCAGGACGUUUUCAAGCCUGUCGAGAUAAAAUGGUCGAGAUGCCCCAAUUAAUCAAAGAUCUUUGUAGAAUCUUACAUUUUAAGCAUCUCACAAAGUUAUGCCUGGCUGCUACCGAAUGCGUGGGAUCAUUGGCUGUAGACAGUAUUUUACAAAUGCAAUUAUUGCAAGCAGGAUGUUUAUGGCAUCUUUUAUUAUUUAUGUUCAAUUAUGAUUAUACUCUCGAGGAAGGAGGAGUCGAAAGAACGGAAGAUGCUAAUCAACAGGAAGUUGCAAAUAAAUUGGCUAAGUUAGCUAUAUUCGCGUGUGCCAGAAUGGGAGGGUACUUAAAAGAUGAAUUUGAAUCUCCUCAAAAUGAAUUGGCUAGAAAAACGUUUGAAAAUUUGAUAACUCCUUAUGUAGCUCGACAGUUAGCUAAUAAUAAUCCGGAAAAGGUAUUAAAACUAUUAAACAGCAAUUCACAAAAUCCAUAUCUUUUAUGGGAUAAUAGUACUAGAGCUCAACUAUUGGAAUAUUUAGAAGAUCGAGCAACGAACAAACUUAAUUUCGAGUGUUCUGAUGUAUCCUGUGGAUCUGAUUUUAUGUGCACGUCUUAUUUAAAUGAGCUUAAAGUGGGAGAUAUUUAUUUAAGAAUUUACAACGAACAAAGUAAUUUUCCACUAGACGAUCCUAAAAAAUUUGUUAUUGAUCUUUUAAUUUUCCUCAAAGGAAAAUAUUAUGAGUUAAAAAAAGCCAAAGGUUCACUAAUUUCUGAAAAUGAAGAAUGUGUUAAACAAUCAGUUACGGCACUUACAUCUUUAAAAAAUGUGAUAAUUAAUAAUGCUGGUGUUGAGGUGCAUUGUAUUGGUAAUUAUAAGCUUUUAUUUUCCCUUUUGAAUAUUGAUGAUUUUCCAGUAGUACAAAAAUGUACCAUUGAUGUAAUUUAUUGCACAACAAAAAAUCACGACUGUGUAAAAGAUAUAGGAUCUUCUCAAAUAUUGGGACAUUUAUUAAUUCUAUUGUUUACAAUAUCCGACACAGAUUCACAAUUAAUUGUUUUAAAUGUAUUAUAUGAUUUAAUGUCAACUACUACGUUAGUCAAAGAGGCAAUUAUUAAAGGAGGACUCCUAUACGUAUUGCAUAUUUUUUGCAAUUCUUCUCAUAUCGAUCUUCGAGAAAAAUCCGCUGAAAUCAUUACUAGGAUGGCUGCCGAUAAACUUGUGGGACCAAAGGCUCGAUUACUUGUUAGUCGUAUUUUGCCACCGAUAUUCUUGGAUGCCAUGAAAGAAUCCACCCAGGCAGCCAUUCACAUGUUUGACGGUAAUCACGAAAAUCCGGAAUUAAUUUGGGAUGCGGAAUUAAGGAAAACAAUUUCAUCUUUUGUUUGUUCCCUUUACCAAAAUUUUUUCGAGAUGCAAAAGCAAAAUUUAAAUGCUGAGUGGACUCCACCCGACGAUAAAACUCUUUCAACUAUUUGUCCGAACGAAAUUGUAGUUGCUGGAAUUUAUCUCCGCCUUUUUGUUGCCAACCCUGGUUGGACUGUACGUAGACCGAAAGAAUUUUUAAUUGAACUAAUGGAUACGUGUUUGUUACUCAUGAGUAAAGAAAAACCUGAUGUAAACGUGUUAGAACUUUCUACCAAUGCCCUGGUCGCUCUUUUACAAGCUCAGCCAGCUUUAAGUGGUCUUAUUCCAUCUCUUGGUCACGUUCCUCGAUUGCUUCAACAAAUGACACAACUGAAAUCUAGUGCUACUUCCAGAGCCGUUGUUUUAAUUUUACAUCAACUUGCUCUCAAUGAAGAAUGUGUUUUAGCUAUUGGGCAAACGGAUUGCAUUUUGCCAUUAAAAAAGGCUAUGCAGACACGAAAGGAUAUUCUUGGAGUCGCUUGUGAAGCUUUAAAUCGACUUUUUUCAAUCAAUAGUAAUCAGUUAGUAAGGCAAGCAUUAGAAUCGGAUUUAGUCUCUUAUUUGCUAGAACUAUUAGAUAGCAAUUUGGAAGUUGAAAAUCCUGCAAUGACGAAAGCUCAAAUCGUUAAAGCUCUUAAAGCAAUGGCAAAAAGUGUUCUGUACGGAGAACGUGUGUUAAACAUAUUGGAAAAAUCACGAGUGUGGGCUGAAUACAAGGAUCAAAAACAUGAUCUUUUCAUAACAAAUACAACACAUGGCGGUUAUUUAACAGGUGGCGUUUCUACCACUGCUGGUUAUUUAACUCAAAGUCCAACUACCCUUAUUUCUGAAGGACCUCCUCCAGUCGACAAAGAAGACUGUAUACCUAAUAAAUCCGUUUUCUUAGAUUGA